AUGGCUGAAGAUCUUUUAUCGUCAACAUCCACUGAUCAACGACCCCUUAAAGGUAUUCAAUAUUAUAAACUAUCAAAUGAACUUUCGUCCGAAACAAGUGCCGCAAUAUCUGAUUUCAUCGAAGGACACAUCAAUAACAAUCAACUUAAACAAAAGAUUAACUCUUUACAUACAGAAUAUUUACAAAAAAUUUCGAACGUGUGA